AUGCAUUCGAAAGAACCCGAAUUCUCAGAGAACGACAUACCAGAUCUGAGUGGCUACGUCGCGAUUGUUACCGGAGGUAAUUCCGGUAUUGGAUAUGAGACAGCCAACCAACUCGCGCUUCACAAUGCGCGUGUCUAUAUCGCAAGCCGGUCUCAAGAGCGAGUGAGCCAGGCCAUCGGUCAAAUGUCACAGGCAACCCAGGGAAAGACACUUGACCUGCAUUUUCUUCAAAUAGAUCUACAGGAUCUAAAGUCGGUCAAGGCAGCUGCCGACCGUUUCAUGACGCUGGAAACCCGCUUGGAUAUCUUGAUCAACAAUGCCGGUGUCAUGACUGUCCCCUUUAAGCUCACCGCUGAUGGGCUCGAGACGCAGUGGCAGGUCAACUACGUUUCGCCUCACGAUUUCACCAGCAGUCUCAUGCCUCUUUUGUUAUCAACUGCGUCGGCUCUAGGUACUAAGGAUCGGGUUCGAGUCGUUAAUCUAUCCAGCGAUGCAUCCUUUUUCGGCCCCGACAAAGUGCAGUGGGACGACGUCAAUAUGACUUCAACCAAGGGAGUAAUGGAGCUGUGUUCGCAAGGUGUUACUGCGUACUCUGUUCAUCCAGGCAUCGUCAAAUCGAAUCUGCAAGGACACGACCCGACCAUUAUGGGAAAGGUGGUGCGGGUGGCGAUGAAGCUCGGAGCUGGUGACACGCCCCUUCAUGGAGCACUCAACUCGCUGUAUUGUGCCACGAGCCCCAGCGCCCCGUUUCAAGGGCAGGGGAAGUUCAUGACGCCUGUUGGCAAGCUAGAUUCAAGUGCGGACAAAUGGAUUAGGGACAGAGAGGGGAAUUCACGAUUGUGGGAGCUGGGAGAGAGUCAAUUGAAACGCAUACAGUAA